AUGGCGUGGAGGCCGGCACUGCGAGCAGCAGCAGGAGGAGCGACGACGGCGUCAUUUAAUUCGCCAUCGCCGGUUCCACUGCUCGGGCGGGGGGUGGCGGUGCAGCUCUGCCGCCUCACACUCUUCUGCCCACAGCGGUUCACAUCGACAUCGACGACGGCGACUACGGGUGGCUGGUCCUACGAGCAGGUGGACACAAGGACGGGACGCACGCCCCUUGACACAC